AUGGCGGCUUUUACAAGACUCGUGCGGUUUACCGCUGGUGCCCAAACUCACUAUGGUGACCUGAUCAAAGCUGCUGGGAAUAAGUACACUGUUCGGAAAUUGGAGGGCAGUCCUUUUACCAGCCUGAGAGCUACCGAAGAAAUCGUUAAUGUUGAAAAGCUUGAAUGCCCAGUUGAGAGUACGCCCAUUGUGGUGUGCAUCGGGCUGAACUAUAAACAACACGCCCAGGAAGCUAGUCUUCCUGUACCAACAUACCCACCCGUCUUCACAAAGCCCGCCGACGCUCUUGCCGGGCCCUUCGAUGCCAUCGACAUUCACCCCGAUGCGCGCGACCUUCUCGAUUACGAGGGUGAACUGACCGUGGUCAUUGGCAAAGACGCAAAGAACGUCUCCGAAGAAGAUGCACUAGACUACGUCUUGGGUUAUACCGCAGGCAACGACGUGUCUGCUCGCAACUUCCAGCUACCCGAAGCAUCUGGCGGUCAAUUCUGCUACGCCAAGUCAUUCGAUAACUUUGCCCCGAUCGGGUAUACUAUCGUGGCGGCACGGGAAAUUCCAGACCCCCAGACACUGAAACUGAGCACCAAGGUCAAUGGGGUUGUCAAGCAGGAGACUAGCACGGGGGACAUGAUCUGGGGUGUUCGUCAGAUCAUUAGCCACCUCUCGCGGGGCACGACGCUAAGGAAGGGUACGGUGAUUAUGACUGGCACUCCGUCUGGGGUGGGAUACUUCCGAAAGGAGUUCCUCAAGGAUGGCGACGUGGUUGAAGUGGAGAUUGAGGGGGUGGCUGUGACUAGAAACCGCAUGAACCAUUAUUGA